AUGGCGGAAAUAGCGUUAGCCGAAGAUCUUCGAUUUUCCCAUUUUUGUGAUCGUGGUGCUGAUGGCCGGACAGCGUCUGUAACGGACGGAGACAUACCUAGACAUCUGGUAGAUGUCUCGACCAGGAUGGCAGAAGUUUGGACUGCAUCAAUGAGUCUACGGACGAUCGUGAGACAACACGAUGCAGUUCAAGUGAACAAAGGACCAUAA